AUGUCAUUAACUAAUGAUGAGAGCAAUCAAACACUAAAAGAUUUGAUUUCUUUAUUAUCAAAGCCAUCAUUUCAAAGAUCUCAAAAACAAUUAAGUACUUUAAAAGCCCUUACACAAAACAUAAAAUUUUUCAUAAAACAAGUUGAAGAAUCUGGAGAACAGAUUCAUUGACAAGCUUGCUUGUAUAUGGGCUAUGAAUUUAUCCCUAAAGAUGAGGUAAUCUUUAUUCAGUAUGUUUGUCACUUUGGGGAAUUCGGAACUAAAUUUUAUAUCAUUUUGGAUGGAGAAGUCAGUAUAUUAGUUCCAACCACAAGACCCUGUGAUAAUCCAGAAGAAGGAACUGAAACAAUUCUGACAGAAGUUGGCAAGCUUUCACAAGGAAUGGCUUUUGGAGAACUAGCCCUAUUAAAAGACAUUCCAAGGUCAGCGACAAUUCAAUGCGUAACUGAUACUCAUUUUGCAAUUCUUGAAAAAGAAGAUUAUUUAAAAAUAUUGGGUAAGGUUGAAGCUGAAAAAUUAGACGCCUUAAUUGAUUUUUUUGCAGGGAUCCCACUGUUUAGAGGCUGGACCAAAAAAGCGAUUGGAAGGCUGACGUAUUAUUUUAAGUCAAAAUCUUUUAUUAGGAAAGGUAUUGUGUAUAAACAAGGAGAGGAAAGUGAACACGUUUAUAUAGUAAAAAAAGGAGAAUUUGAACUCACAAAAUGAAGUGACGCUGACAAAACCCCUAAAUACGCCUAUAGCGCAAUCGGCCAAACCAAAAAAGAGCUCUCCUUAACACAAGUAAAAACCUCCAAUAUAAUUGCCUUAGUAGGCGUUGGCGAGAUGCUAGGUGACGAAGAAGUCAUGGCAAACUCAAAAAUGCUUUACACAUGCACUUGCUACUCCACUAGUGCCGAAGUCCUCUAUAUCACCAAAAAAGAUUUUCAAAUGAGGGUAAGAGGUGAAGAAUCCUUGAAUUUUUUGCAAAACAAAAUUAAAAUCAAAGAAAACUCUCGGAAAAAAAAAUUCGAGUCUAUGGAGCAAAUUUUAGACGUAAAACCUCAGCUAAGCAGGGUAGCCUUAAAGCAUCUGAGCCAAAAUUCUACAAGUUUAUCGCCUAUUAAUGUAAAAAGAAACAGCUUUAUAUUAAGAACGAUAAAUACCCCAAAGCAUGAAAGGACUAAACUGAAGCCAUUAAGUGACAAAGAGUUGAAUAUAUUGAAAAAAACUGCGAUUUUAGAUACAGAAAAUUCAACUGAGCGAGAAGACUUGCAUUCUAAAUCAUUUGAAAAAUCAAUUACUCCCAAAUGAAAUAUGAUGAAAAAUGGGAUCCCUAGCUUUAUGGCUAUCGAUGUAUCCUAUACAAAUGGUGUUCCCAAGCACAACCGCAUUAACAAGCACCUCAUUGGCCGCCUCAAGCGUAUGCUUCCUCCCACCUUCACUAAAGAAGACAACUUUAUUAAACCUAAUUAA